AUGUCGCGGACCGCAAUGCUGUCUACCAGUCGCCUGCUCUUUGGAUCGACGACCGUCAGUCGACCUGCUCUGGCAGCCGCCUCUGCCUCUGCUGCACCUGCACCAUCACUCGCACCUUCGGCGAUUCCCAGCUCACGCCGCCCACGACUGGCGCGGACGAUACACGCGAGGCUCGGCGAAGCUCCAUCAGCCUGCGCAUCCUCCGACCACAAGACGCCAACCCAACCCCAUCGCAGCUUCGCGCAGCUGGCCUCGACCUGCGUGCCCUCAUCCUCGAACCCAUCGGCCGCCUUCCCCUGCAUCGACGCAAACGAGCAGCGAGCAGAACGUCUGAGGAGGCAGUACGCCCGUCAGGGUCCCGCUCUUGCAGUCUCUUUGCAGCAGCAGCAGCAGCCCGACGACACUCCAGCACCAUCCACCGAGGCUGAAGACGACGGACCCGAACCAUCCUACACCAAGGUCGUAUCCGGCUAUCAGACGUUCCACUAUCCCACCGAGUUCCCCCUCGACUACGGAGGGAAGCUGCCAUCCUUCCAGCUCGCCUACGAGAGCUGGGGCACUCUUUCGCCAGCCAGGGACAAUGUCAUCCUCCUCCACACUGGCCUCUCGGCCUCGUCGCAUGCCGCCAGCACACCCUCGAACACCGCAAAGGGGUGGUGGGAGGACUUCAUCGGUCCGGGCAAGCCGCUCGACACCGACAAGUACCACAUCAUCUGCACAAACGUCCUCGGCGGAUGCUAUGGCUCCACCGGUCCAUCCUCGCCCGACCCGCUCGACCCCAGCGGCGCCGCCUAUGGCACCCGCUUCCCCAUCCUCAGCGUGUUUGACAUGGUCCGCGCUCAGUUCCUCCUCCUCGAUCACCUCGGCAUCGACCGACUCUAUGCAAGCAUCGGCAGCUCCAUGGGCGGCAUGCAGAGUAUCGCCGCCGCCCACCUAGAGCGCGAGCGUGUCGGCAGGCUGGUCAGCAUCAGCGGAUGCGCCCGCAGCGCCCCCGCCAGCAUCGCGCUGCGGUACGCCCAGCGCAGCGUCCUUAUGUCGGACCCCAACUGGAACCGGGGCUUCUACUACGCGCCUGGCCAGCUGCCUCCGCACACUGGCAUGAAGCUGGCGCGGCAGAUUGCCACGUUCACCUACCGUAGCGGUCCGGAGUGGGAGCAAAGGUUCGGACGGGCGCGGCGCAUCGCCUCUAGCACCGCUGCCGCCCAGCAGCGAAGCACAAUCGGCGGGUCCGGGCCUGGCGGCGAGACGGUCGAGCAAGAGCUGGACCCUGCACUGUGCCCCGACUUCCUCAUCGAGACCUAUCUCGACCAUCAGGGCGAACAGUUCUGCCUCAAGUACGACGCCAACUCCCUCAUCUACAUCUCCAAGGCCAUGGACCUCUUUGACAUGUCGGACCACGCCCUCGCCGAUGUCGAGCGGCGACGUACCCACGCCCACGGCGAGGAGGUUGGCGCAGGGUUGGCGCCUUCGUGCGGCGAGGACGGCGCCAAGAUUGCCCCGGCGCCCCGACCGCGGGCUCGCAAGCACAUCUCGACCCUCUCCUCGCCCGCCGCCCACGCAUACGUCCCCGCGCUGGCGAGGGGCCUCUCGAGAUUGGGCGACAUCCCGACACUGGUGAUCGGCGUCCAGAGCGACAUCCUCUUUCCCGUCGAACAGCAGCGAGAGAUCGCAGAGUGCCUUCGGUUGAACGGCAACGAUCAAGUGAGGUACUACGAGAUCGACGCCCCCCACGGCCACGACAGCUUCCUCAUCGACGUGGCCAACGUUGGCGGGGCUAUCAAGGGCUUCCUGUCUUGA